GUAAAUGCGUGAGGAAGCACGCUUGGGGGAUGCGGCAGGAGUCGGUGACAAGUACGUGAUUAAAGCAGGGAAGCAAAGGUCUCAAUACUCAGAGGUCACCAGGAUCACUCAGUAAUGCUUGCAGACCUUGAAGGCACAAGAAAGGAACUGGAGAAAGAAGAAUUAUGUUCUCCAGAUGGUAUAGCAGCUCCUGAGGUAUAUACCAAACUGCUGGCCUGCUAUCUUCUGGAGAAUGAUCUGUGCAGCGCCAAGUUCCUGUGGAAGCGCGCGCCCACCUCAGCCAAGGAGGCGGACGGCACGCUUGCGGCGCUGUGGAUGGUGGGGCAGAAGCUCUGGACCAAGAAUUUCCCGGGCACGUACGCGGCUCUGCGUCGCGAGUGGCCGGCGUACCUCCAGCAGGCCAUCGGCGAACUCGAGGCCGUGAUCCGCGAGCGAGCGCUGGCGCUGGUGGCGCGCGCCUACACCUCCAUCACGCUGGCCGACCUGACCGCGUUCGUCGGCCUGCCGUCGGAGCAGGUGGCGCGGCUGGCUCAGGAGCGCGGCUGGGCCGUCGACGGCACGGUGGUGGGACCGCGGCCAGCGGCGCCGCCCCUCCACCAGGGCACCAGCUGCCAGCAGUCGCUGGCGCUGCUCACGCAGUACGUCUCGUUCCUGGAGAACUGAGCGGCGUGACGCUCGCGCGCACGCACGGGGAGAAUGGCGACGGGCCCUGGCGGCGGACGUCCGCAGUGCCGUGUGCGUGGUCUGCUCGGACGGACACAGCGCGUGUCGCGUGUUGGCCUGGGCCGACGGGUCACGCAGGAGCCGCGUCGGACUAAGGCUCGGUAGCUGUGCUGCGGUGGGUCUGGUGAGGGCGGCAGCCGCGGAGUGUUCGACCGGUCUGACCGACUGGCCUGGUGUUUCCGAAGAUCUGUCUGGCGCCGUGAACUCGGAGCGAGUGAUCAUUGCGGCCCGGGCGCCCCUCCCUCCCCCCCCCCCCCCCCGUCGAGCGCCGUGCAGGACGACUGUCGUGUACAUCUGCCGAGUGUGGCGUGCUCGUGAUACACGCCGCCGAGUUGCGGUGUUCGUCGUGACGCCAGAUGCUGUGAUGGAGGUCUACUUGUAUCUUACUUUUGCAUUAGCGAAUUGAAUAUAUGCUCAGGCUGGAGCUGCGGCGUGAAAUAUCAGCUUUGUUUUUCGUUAUGAAAGAGACAUGAGGAUUUGAAUGUUGGGCCAAGGCGGUAUUCUUGAGCAAGCUUUCCUUUUCUUUCAAGGCUCCUGUUGGCGUGUUAAGAUCGUAAAGAAUAUUGUAUUGGCGUGAACUGAAUAAAGGACAGUGUGCGACCAUUCACUGUCGCCAGUG